UUGUGUCGCCGCCAUUGCCGCGAUCGCGUGCAAGGGUUUCUGGGAGCCGAGCCUUGGGGUCUCGGGGAAGGGGCGCCGGUGGCCGCCAUCUUGAAUUGCAAACCUGGUCACCGAAGUCCACGCUAGGGGCGGAGUAGAGGCGCCCACUGUUAUCGGGAGCAGACGUCGCUGCUGGGGGCUGCGAAGCCGGGGCACCACAUAGCGCCACCAUUAUGGAUGCCAUGGCUAGUCCAGGGAAAGAUAACUAUAGAAUGAAAAGUUAUAAGAAUAAAGCCCUAAAUCCCCAAGAGAUGCGUAGACGAAGAGAAGAGGAAGGAAUACAGCUUCGAAAACAAAAAAGGGAAGAACAGUUGUUCAAACGCAGGAAUGUCUCUUUGCCCAGAAAUGAUGAAUCUAUGUUGGAAAGCCCUAUCCAGGAUCCAGAUAUCAGUUCCACUGUACCCAUUCCAGAGGAAGAAGUUAUUACCACAGAUAUGGUUCAGAUGAUUUUUUCUAAUAAUGCUGAACAACAGCUAACAGCAACACAGAAAUUUAGAAAAUUGCUUUCUAAAGAACCUAAUCCACCAAUUGAUCAAGUUAUUCAGAAACCAGGAGUCGUACAGAGAUUUGUGAAAUUUCUUGAAAGAAAUGAAAAUUGUACUUUACAAUUUGAAGCUGCAUGGGCAUUAACUAAUAUUGCAUCUGGAACUUUCCUACAUACCAAGGUAGUGAUUGAAACUGGGGCUGUUCCAAUUUUUAUCAAACUCCUUAAUUCAGAACAUGAAGAUGUUCAGGAACAGGCUGUUUGGGCUCUUGGUAAUAUUGCUGGUGACAAUGCAGAAUGCAGAGAUUUUGUUUUGAAUUGUGAAAUACUUCCACCUCUUUUAGAGUUAUUAACAAAUUCAAACAGACUUACAACAACAAGAAAUGCUGUAUGGGCCCUCUCAAAUUUAUGUAGAGGUAAAAACCCUCCUCCAAACUUCAGUAAGGUUUCACCUUGCUUAAAUGUCCUGUCACGACUGUUGUUUAGCAGUGACCCUGAUGUGUUAGCAGAUGUGUGUUGGGCCCUUUCUUAUCUCUCCGAUGGACCCAAUGAUAAAAUUCAAGCAGUCAUUGAUUCUGGAGUCUGUCGAAGAUUGGUGGAACUUUUGAUGCACAAUGAUUAUAAAGUGGUGUCACCUGCAUUAAGGGCGGUUGGUAAUAUUGUAACUGGUGAUGAUAUUCAAACACAGGUAAUUUUAAAUUGUUCUGCAUUACCCUGUCUCUUACACUUAUUAAGUAGCCCAAAGGAGUCAAUUAGAAAAGAAGCCUGCUGGACUGUUUCUAAUAUCACUGCUGGAAAUAGAGCUCAGAUUCAGGCUGUUGUAGAUGCAAAUAUUUUUCCUGUUUUGAUUGAGAUUCUUCAGAAAGCGGAGUUUCGCACCAGGAAAGAAGCAGCUUGGGCUAUAACAAAUGCAACAUCAGGAGGCACUCCAGAACAAAUAAGGUAUUUGGUAGCCUUAGGCUGCAUUAAACCACUUUGUGACCUUCUAACUGUUAUGGAUUCAAAAAUAGUUCAAGUGGCUUUAAAUGGACUUGAAAAUAUUUUACGUCUUGGAGAACAAGAAUCUAAGCAGAAUGGAAUAGGCAUUAAUCCAUACUGUGCUCUCAUUGAAGAAGCAUAUGGUCUGGAUAAAAUUGAAUUUCUGCAAAGCCAUGAAAAUCAGGAAAUUUACCAAAAGGCUUUUGAUCUGAUUGAACAUUACUUUGGUGUGGAAGAAGAUGACCCCAGCAUUGCCCCUCAGGUGGAUGAAAACCAACAACAGUUUGUAUUUCAGCAGCAGGAAGCACCAAUGGAAGGGUUUCAGCUGUAACUUGGUGGGGAAAAAUGGUUGAAAAUGGUAGCUUCAGAUAUCUCCUCUUUGUUGCCAAUGUCAGUGGGAAUGUUCAAUGUGUUUUUAGAUAGAAGUAAAGAAAUCAUUUGACUCACUUUUAAAAAGCAAAACAAAAGUUUCCAUUCAGAUGCAAUCUUCCACUAUAAUUUUGUGUGUGUGUAUUUCUUUUGUAUUUUGUAUGUUUGUAUAUGAUUUGUGAGUAAUUAAGUACAUUAUAAUUAUUUAAUAGCUCAAGCUUGAAAAGAACUUUGUUAAAGUAUUAUGUAAUGGUUCUGAAAUUUUUUGAGCAUUCUUGGAAACUGCACAUUAGCAGUACAGCUACUGAUAAUUGCAUUUUGACAGUAAGUCUGACAUGCCCAUUCUCUACAAAAUCUACCUCUAGCUUGAAGCAAAAAACAAAAACAAAAAAAACCUUCAGAAGUAUGAAAUAGUAUAAAUCUAAAUUAGAAUAUGAAAAUAUUUAUUUCCUUAAAUUAUGAAUCACUGUGCUGUACAUUAUACUUUGCAAACAACAAAAAACCUGUGAAAUUUAUUAUUAAACAUAGAAGAAAUAUUGUGCUGAUAGUCAAAUAUCUAUUAAAAUGUGAUUGUGAAGAGAGAAGCUGUUCUUCAUGUUGAACACAUUAAAAAUCAUUAUAAAACAUUUAAAUAUUUGUGUUUUUGGCAUGCAUACAAAUGCUAUUACAUUAGUAUAUUUUGUAUUUUGACCAAAUAUGCUACCGUUUUUUGAAAUAGCUUUUAUUAUUUUUUUACUCUUUAUUUUAAAGAGCAUCAUGACAGAGAUGUCAUCACGAAUCUAAAGUAGUGCUGCAUAGCAAAUAUAAUACUGUAAUUCUUUCUCUGAUUUUUCAACAGUAAUUGAAAAGUUUCACUUUUCAGUGUAAUAAUGAAAGUUGGUACUUGAAUGUCAAAGUUAUUCUGAAGAAAUCACCUUAUGUGUUCAAUUUUAUUAAAUGCAUUUAAUGUUGGGGCACUAAAUGAUGUUAAGGAAAUUGCUAAGCAUUCUUUAAUAUGGUUGAAAUCUAUAUGAGAAUUUUUUUUCUGUAAUACUCAGAAGGUCAUAUUUCUACUCAUUAUGAAUUAGUGUUACGGAUUAGAUUUGUAGCAGAUUGAUCAAUAUAAUGUGUGUUUCAUGUAUUAACAGCAAAAAUCUCUUCAAACAAUGAAACUUAAAAAAAUCAUGUUUCAACAGAAAAAAAUUAUAUUUAUUUAUAAAUACAUAUGUAUGCGUGUGUCUGGGUGUUAUCCUCACAGUACUAUGUUUGGUAGAAUUUUCUAAGCAAAUAUGGUACUGUUGAACUCAGUCUUUUAAUUUAUAGUUAUUAUAUGUAGGCUAUAUAUAUUUCCAGUUAUAUACCUAGAAUACUUAUUUGAAAAUGUAGUUUGCAACUGUUUUAAGAUGGGAACUAAAGCAGUUUUGAUAUGAUUCAGUCUAUUCUAUAAAGAAAGAUUUUGUUUAUGAAAGCAUUUAUAAUGUUUCUGCUGGAUAUCAGAGGCAUGUUACAAGAGGAAAAUGUAUGUAGGAGUACUUUUAAAUAGUUUAACACUUUGUAAAUUAUAUAUCAUGGAACGAAGCUUUUGGCAAGACACGUAAAACCUAGAGCUAUAAAAUACAGGUUUAAAUCGUGUCCAUAUGCUGACUGCAUCUGCCAAGCCUUUUUUUAUAUAUUAAGUAGAGGAUUGUAUUUGUGCCCUUUAUAUUGUAGUGGAAGUAUGAAGUUUAGCAUUAAAAGUUUCUCUUUUGCAUUAUGUAUAUUCAAAAGAACAGGGUAAUUAAAGAUUACAAAUUGAUAACGAAUUUAUCAGACAAACACGUUUUCUGUGGUGCAGAUGGUUCUAAGUAUCAGGUAACAGGGUGUUCUACUCUUUAUAAUCAACUUAACUUUCAUAAUGCAGCAUAAUUCAUAAACUAACCAGCUGUGCCUGCUUUUAUUUUGAGGACCCUGUAGUCAGUAUAAUAAACCUCUAAGUCAGAUCUUUCAAACAAAAUAGGUUUAAUCGAAGGAAGAAUAUUUAUAUGUUCAUGCACAUGCAUGCACACAUGGAAUGACCUUUGAGGGGAGGAUUUUUAAAUUUUUGCUGGUAAAAAAACAUUAUAUCUCUGAGUAUAGAAUAUGACUAUACUUAAACAUUUAAAUACAAAAUCAUAUUUAAUUUUUUAAUUUGUUAAUUGGGUUAAUUUGAUUAGAUUUGAAUGCACAGGCACUAUCUAGUAGAUGGGACCAGCCCUUGACCAGGUGAUGAGCUUAUUGGACAAAAAUUAGCAAAUACUUUGUUCUUAAAAUUUUUUUUAAAUAUGACUACUCUUUUCAACUAUACCACUUAAAAUACCCCAGAUGUAUUUUUAUUAAUCUUCACUGACUCUUGUAAAAACAUUUUUAAAACUUCUUUUCUAAUGUUUUAUUGUUUAAAUCUGAGAGGAACUGUGCCAAGAAAAAAAAAAAAAGAAAAGUAAAGGGGCAUGUAUGCAACAAUAAUGCAAAUAAAAUAAAAUAAAUAAAAUAAAUAAAAUAAAACACACACACAAUAUCAGGAAAAUACUUGAAAGAGUCUUUUACAUUUAUUUAAUUAAAUUCAGUGUUUUAAUUUGUCUGAAUCUGAACUUUGAUCUAUGCAAUUAUACUUGUUUUAUAUUUAGUAAGUACUUGACUCAGAGAUCUGUUUUUCUUUUUUUACGAUAAAUUUUAUUUUGAAAGGUUGUUCCUAGAGCUUAAUUUUUAGUGCCAUUUUUUUGCUUACUGGUAGCACCAGAGCAAGAAAGAAUAAAAAAAAAAAAAGUAAUGCUGGCCCAGAAAUAACGUAUCAUUUGGUAACUGUAAAUUCAAUUUACGGUUAAA